UAUAGGAACUGGGUACAGACUAGAAGUAUAGGGGGUGAGAGGAUUCACCAGCAGAACAGGCAGAUUGACCGAAAUGCACUGCUGAGGGGAGCAGUGGGUGAGUCAGGAGAGGUCUGCUGCGCCAUGUGGGUAGCUCCCUGGCUGGGGUUCAAACUCAUGGUGCAGUGGCUGCGGACAGCUUUAUAGGUUGCAUCUUAACCCCUUGCGCCACCAGGGUGGCCGUUUUCAAUUUUCUUUCAAGCAUUUUGAGUUAUUUUAUGAGGAAGUUUGGUCCUGCCCAUGAGUAUUGAGUUCAUUAGUGUAGGGGCAGGAAUGGCACUGUGCAGGUUUUCUGAUCCAGCAGAUGGGUUAAAGGAGAAGAGAGAGUCCUCAGUGGCUUUUGCAGGCUUUUAUUGGGAUUUACCAGGCAAUGUUGUGGGUAGAAGCCGGGGAACCUGAAACAGGGUACAGGUUGAUGUGAGGAGAGAAGUUUCAACCUGGAACUGAGAGCAGAUCUAGAAUCUAGUGACCUCAGUGCCCAGGCAACCUGAAAACAAGAAGAAAUCUGAUUCCUAAGAGAGUUUCUAACUUGCAGAGAACAUAGUUUUAACAAAGACGAAUGAAUGAAAAUCUUGAAUUUCUGGCUAUUGGUCAAAGCCUAUUGUAACGCAUCCAACCCAUCCAGACUCUGACUCCAUGUGAGCAAAUCUACCCCUUGGGGACCCAUGUGCAUCAUCUUCUUUAAGUUUGAUCCUCGUCCUGUUUCCAAAAAUGCAUACAGGCUCAUCCUGGCAGCCAACAGGGAUGAAUUCUACCACAGACCAUCCAAGGCAGCAGACUUCUGGGGGAACAACAAUGAGAUCCUCAGUGGACUUGACAUGGAAGAAGGCAAGGAAGGGGGCACUUGGCUGGGCAUCAGCACAAGAGGGAAGCUGGCGGCACUCACCAACUACCUGCAGCCUAGGCUAGACCGAGAAGCCAGGGGCCGAGGUGAACUUGUGGCCCACUUUCUGACCACCGAUGUGGAUAGCUUGUCCUACCUGAAGAAGGUCUCCACAGAGGGCCACCUAUAUAAUGGCUUCAACCUCAUAGCAGCCGACUUGAGUACAACGAAGGGAGAUGUGGUUUGCUACUAUGGAAACCGUGGGGAGCCAGAGCCUGUUGUCCUGGCACCAGGGACCUAUGGGCUGAGCAAUGCACUGCUGGAGACCCCCUGGAGGAAGCUGUGCUUUGGGAAGCAGCUUUUCCUGGAGGUAGUGGAGCGGAGCGAGGCAGUUCCCAAGGAUGCUCUUGUUGCCCAGCUCCUGGAUGUGCUCAACAACGAGGAGGCGCAGUUGCCAGACCCAGCCAUCGAGUCCCAGGGAAGGGAGUAUGUGAAGCCCAUUCUGAGCAAGUAUGCAGCUGUGUGUGUGCGAUGCCCAGACUACGGCACCAGAACCAACACAGUCAUCCUCGUGGACGCAGAUGGGCACGUGACCUUCACAGAGCGCAGCAUGCUGGAUAAGGAUCCCUUCUGCUGGGAGACCAGAACUCAUGAAUUUAGACUGCAGAGCUAACUCUCCCCCUUGGGGAAUGCCCGCCUCAAGGGCCUGUGCAAAUGGAAACCUUUCACAGUCACAUGUGACUCUGCCGGUGGCCCCUAGAAUCAGGGCCCUCUUAUUUGUGUGUCAUCUAUGUUCCAUGUUAGGGUUUGCCCUUUUAUCAGUGGAGGAUGACAGAGCUCCACAGCCACAUUUGGAAAGAGGCAUGAGUUAGACUGGAGUAAAACCUACUCUCAGGAGCAAAGCCUGGUUGAUGGAUUCAGUAGUUUGUGUGUGUGUGUGUUGGGGGAAGAUUUUGUGCACUGGAUGGUCCUUUGUGCUUGGGGGCACUGUGUGUGUGUGUGUGUGUGUUCCACACAUAUGAGUGGUCUUAUGUAUGCUGGGCACUUGGUAGACCUGUGCCCAUUCAUUGGAAGUCAUGGGUGCUGAGUAGGCCAUUUCAGCAAGGGGACACAAUCAGUUCCUGUCAUUUCUCUUCUUGGGGAAUCAAAUUUCAUUGAAAUCUGUACUUGAAUGUGAGACACUGAUAAUAAAACUUCCAAGAUUGUGGUGAGUCAGUAACUUGUGUGGCAGGCCAAUUGGCAAUGUGUGCACAUGGCUGGUGAGGAUUGCUCUCCAGGCCUUCAGGGUCACCUGAUGAGGCACAACCACCAGUACAGGCUCUUUCUACUUUUUCCUUUUGCUCAUGGCAGCCUCAGUGCCAUAAUGGAAGCCUGAGGGUCCAUGAACCUGUCUGUCUGUCUGUCCUUGGGCAGAGGCUGUACCAGAGAGCCUGUGUGCACGGGACAAGCUAGGUGCCAAUUACAGGGGCUCCUGAGCUUGGUGAAGGAGCCAGGGAUUCAUCUGAGUCCCAUGAGGAGCCCCCUCGGGAGCACUGUAGUCAGGCCUACACUUUGGACUACUGCUCUUUUGUCUCAGUGGGCUGCCCCACAAGUGACAGUGUCCUGUGCUGGCAUUCAACUGGCCAGGCAUGUCCAUCCUCAUGGGGUACCACUGGGCCUGGUGCAAAGCAAUCUAAAGAACCUCUCAAAAUGUUUACCUCUGCUCCAGGAUGGAAACAGCCCAGGGAAAGUUUCACCAGCACUAGUCUCAGAUGCUCUCUGCCCUUAUCCAACCCCAGGCUUUCCAAUGUCCUGGGCUCCCCAAAGAAGGGGCAGUUUAAGAUGUAGAUUCUGUUGGUAUGGGUUAAGUUGUUGCCCCCCUCCCCCCAAAACAGGUUAGCAUCCUAGCCCCUAAUACCUUAUUUGGGUCUUUACUGAGGUAAUCAAGAUAAAAUGGGGUCAUUAUUCCAAUAUAGCUGGUAUUGUAUUGGAUAAAAAGGGGAAAUAUUGACACAGAGACAGACAUACAUGGGGAGAGUUCCCUAUGAAGACUGGAGCUCUGCUGCCAUUGCCAAAGAAAUACCAUAAUCUGGGAGAAAAGCUGGAACAAACCCUUCCCUGGCACUUUCAGAGGGAGCAUGACCUUGAUUUUGGGCUUCUGGCCUCUAGAACCAUAAUAAAUUUUCAACCUUCCCCAAUGAAUGUAGUCAGUCUUAGCUGGUCAGUAUGAAAACUUCUGAUCAGCACCAACAAGAUCAUCUUUUCUAUACCCAAAAGGAAGAUACUGGGGUAUCAUUUAAUGUUAAAAACUAAACCACCACUCCUUACCCAGCAGGCACUCACUUGUGGUACUUUUAUUAUGGCAGCCUUCGUAUACUAAUGCAACUGUGACUGUCUGUUACAGAUGAGGAAACUGAAACUUGAGACACUAACAGUCCCUUGGACCUCUGGUGUGUAGGGUGGGGCCUUGCAGGGUGAUGAACCUCAGGGUGCCUCCCCUGUAAACCCAUGGUCCUCCCAUGCUGGGCUCACCUGGUGCCUGGCAAUCUUGCCACGUCAAUUGCCUAUGCCCCUGCCACUACUUAUGGACAAGGCUCCUGCUUAAAGGGCCUUUGCACUCCAUGUCCCCUCUGCGAAAGAAUUCCUCACAUCCUGCAGGCCCUUGAAGUUUUCGAAAGUUAUCCCAUUUAUAAAGUAACCAUUUCCAGGGGCCUCCUCGGU